UUUUCCCACAAAUGUACCAGGUUUGACGAAGCUGGAGCUGGCUUGUUAUUCGUCAGCUUCUCAUUCGAAUUUCCCGUUCCACCUUAAAUAUUGCAGCAGUCACUGAACGAAACCGCUGCACCAUUUGAGGGCUAUCGGAAAAUUCGAGUAAGAACUGGCACACAAGAAGCCAGUUCCAGCUUUGUCCGAGUUAGCAUGAAGUGUGGAGAAAGGCUGCGUUCGUUUUGCUACAUUUGUUCUAGAAAACGUUUUGUAGUGUGUCUCACACUGGAGGAGAAGUGACCGCAGGCAGAGGUGGACCAUCGCCUCAUGGACAGAAGCUCCCAGCAGGAGGAGCAGGAAGAGGAGCUGUUCAGCCUCCGGAGAAACAGCAACUCGCGGAGGGGAAGUUCAGGAGCGGAGAGACUGUGGACGGAGUUAGUAAGAGCAGCUGCAGGAGAUGGAGGGACAGCUGAAGCCUCGAUACUGGAGGCAAUUCAGAGGAUAAAAGAGUCAGAAAAAAACACCGACAAGGAAGAAACCAGAUUGGCUGAAGUGGAAAAAAUACUGAAGAAUAUAAUCAGCAUGUCCAGAAAGUAUUCACAGUCCGAGGCAGCUCUCACAUUUUUUCAGACAUCCUCCCUUGACUCUGUCCAGCCCUUCUACCAGAGUCCCAUCACAGAGGAAGAUAUAUGGCGGUCUAAUGGAUUCUGCUUGGCCAAUACUGAAACUAUACUUUAUGAUGCAUAUUUAUCAAAGGAACGAGAAAAAUCAUGUUCUCUUCUUUCUGCAAGGUACAGCUCUCAGGUUUUGACAAGGACACAUACACGACAAGAGGAUGGACUCAACUGUAAUGAAGAACCUGUGACUUUGAACUCUGCUGAAACUGGCAUUCAGGAGCUAAAUGUUACUGCCACUAGACCACAAUGUUAUGUUAACUACAUGUCCUUCCUCGAGGUAGAAGUUUGUGAGACAGACAUACUGGAAUAAGACAGUCAUGCUGGAGCAUAAAAUGCCAUGUUCCAAAAAAAAAAAAGGAUGGUCUUUCUUCUAUCAUUGCCACAUUGCUCUUUAUUAAGGAUGGGAGAAUACUAACUCAGGAUGUUACAGAAGUGCUUUAUUUUCUGUAAUUUUAUAGGGUCAGUAAUGACCACAUCGUCUCAAAUUCAUGUAACAAUUCAGAAAGUGCUUAACAUUUGGUAGGAUAACAUUGUAAAAAUCUUUGUAAAAUACAGGGACUUUGUUGUUGUAUUUUGAGUUUAAUAAGACACUCGUUUUCAAUGGGAGACAGUUCUGGACACUGGGGGGGCAAAUCUAGCACCUGCUCUUUCUGAUUACAUUGCCAUGCUGUUGUAACACAUGCUGAAUUUUUCUUGGUGUUGUCAUGUUGAAGUAAGCAUGGAUGUCCCUGGAAAAGAUGUAAAAGGCAGCAUAUGUUGCUCCAAGGUCUUGGGCAUUCAGUUGUAUUUUGUGGCCUUUUCCUUUAUGCACAGAGAUUUCUCCGAAUUCCAUAAAUCAUUUGAUGAUAUUAUGCACUGUAGUGGGUGAAAUACCUAAAAUCCUUGCAGUUGCUUGCUGAGGAAAAUUGAUGAAACUGAUGGAUUUUGGCGAGAGUUGACCCAUCCUUGCUCAUAAAGCACUAGGCCUUUCCUGGAUGCUUCUUCUAUAGUCAAGCAUAAUUUUUUCACUUGUUUAAGUUUUUUUUUAACAUUUCCCAUUGUUCCUAGUCUUAAAUUACCCAUUUACCAACUUUUUCUGAAACAUGUUGCAGGCAUCAAUGUCAGAAUGAGCAUAUGAGCACAUAAAAAACAAUGAAGCUGAGGAGGUAA